AUGCGAGGGUGGAUCCACACCAGCCGAGGACCGGCAUCCGAGGUCCUCUCCUUAUCAGACAGCCUCGCGCUACCGACGACCCAAGCACCCAACGACGUCUUGGUUAAGGUGCGACAUGCAGCUCUCAAUCCAGCCGGUUCGAUAUUCAUGCGGCUGUGCCCGUUAUGGCUGCGGAACAAGCCAUGUAUCCCCGAAAUGGACUUUUCGGGCGAGCUCGUGAGCGUUGGAACUUCAGAGUCGGUGCCGUUAUUAUCGAAGGAUCGCGGCCUCAAACCAGGACUACAAGUCUUCGGCAGUAUUCCUGUCGGCUUACAUUUGAAGGGACAGGGCGCGCUAGGUGAGUAUGUCGUGGUGGAUAGUGAAUGCAUCGUGGCGGCCCCCCAAACUCUUCCUCUGGCAGAGGCAGCUGGCCUUCCAAUUGCAGGCUGCACUGCGCUUUCGUUACUGGACGGGGCAGAUCUUAAAAACGGGCAAAAGGUGCUCAUAAAUGGUGCAGCUGGUGGGAUCGGAUCCUUGAUCAUGCAAAUGGCACGUCACGCUCUUGGACCCGAAAGCCACAUUGUGGCAGUCUCUUCUCGCGAGAAGCUCGCGCUGCUGAAAGAGCUUGGAGCUGACGAGGUUCUCGAUCGCAAGUCAGUCCCAUCGGUGCCACAAUACCUGACUGAGAGGCACUCCAAGCAGCCAUUUGACGUGAUCAUCGACGCAUAUGGUGUACAAGAACUAUAUACCAAUUGCGCAAGUUUCCUCAAAGCCGAUGGAAUGUUUGUCACUGUCGGAAUCGCCUUUUUGGAGUACAGCUACGGCAGCAUGUUCGUCGCGGUUAAGGACAUGCUACGAAAUAUCCUCGUCUCAGCAUGGGGAGGCCAUGAUCGGAGAAGAUACGUUCAAGUCUCUUCAACCUCCAGCCUCGAGGGACUCGAGAGGUUGAAAGCCAUGUGCGAGGAUCAGAACAUGAGGGUUCCCAUUGAUUCUUCAUGGGCAUUCGAUGAUGUUGUGAAGGUUCGUUUGACGUCCCUCCUAAAGUCGCAUAAGCUGACAGACUACGUUCCAGGCUUAUGA